AUGAGUGUGACUGGUGAGACGUUCGCGUCAUGGGCUACUCGCGUAACUGGAUGUUCUAAUCCAACAUUCAACCGGGUUAUUAAUCGGCUUUGGGAAAAUCCGUCACUACAGAAGGAUGUUCUCGCCGUCCUUACUGGUGUGACUAAGUUAAUUCAGUCCCGUGGGGGAUGCGAAUCUGCCGCAGAAUACUAUGCUGCGUUGUUACUUCUUUCUCUCGGGCGUAUACUGGCUGUCCAGCCUACGGAAAACUGGGCAGAUGAGUCGGUGCGCCAUACAUAUAGGAUAUUUCUUCGAUUUAUUGACUAUGAUAAAGCCGCUCUGCGCAAAGCCGCCCAUAAAGUCAUUUCCGAACUUCUGACUUUUGCGAUUAGCACCAAGGAUACUUAUCAUCCUGUUUGUCACCAAACGAUUAACCAUAUUUGCAAGUUAAUACGUCAGGUGUCCACGGAACUUUCGAGUCUAAUUCACAUAACCGAUAGUGCGUGCGGUCGACUGUUAUGUAUUUUGAAUCUCUUGAAGGCUAUUAUCUGUCUCAUCCCUGAAAAAGAUAUAAAAUCGGCAUGCGAGUGCGUUUUAGAGCUGACAGCUUUCAACAAUCCACUGGUUUUGAAAUCUGCGUUCGAGUGCCUUCAGACGCUGUUUCAAGGCAGGGUCAAGACCUUGACUGUUUCCCUGGACACUGCAGGGAAACUUAUGACUGCUCUUCUCACUUGCAAGCCCCGUGAAUCUACCUCAGUUGAUAUCGCAACCUUACAAAAGGAUUCCGAAUCCAUUAUUGCGUGGCUAAAGUGCUUGUGUGCUGGUGUCUGUUAUCUAACUUCAUUGGCCGUUGACAAUCACGACGAGAAGCCCACAGAAUUAGCUCCUCACGUUGCAGUGGAGCAUCUGGAGCAGUUGGUUCGUGCUGCCCUUAGUAUACUGGUUAAUAGUCCCUUGCCAGAUCUUCGUAUCUCUGUCAAACGUCUUCUUGUCGACGUUUUUCUCAAUCCAUUGACUGAACAGUUACAGAUGUGUAAUCUGCUCACGCGACGUCCCCGAUUUCUCCCAGAGUUAUGCCUCACACUGCAGAAUGCUCUUAACUUGGCGCGUCACGAAACCUGGCCCAGCCUUCUUAAUGUUUCCUCCUGCCUGAUUCACGCUUGGGCCAUGAAGGCUGUUGUCGGUAAUAGCGUCGACAUACAGCUACCUGCCGAAGUAAUAGACCUAAUUCAACGCGUGGCCAACCUCCGCGAUGCUCUGGCAGACGGCACUGAAGGUGUUGUCGAUGAUAGUAGUAUCAGUGUAACUAUACUUGUCGACGAAAUGGAUCGACUGAUCCUCACCUCUAUGGAAUCUUGGGGCAUUGAGCCGGUACUCAGGGAUUCCUUGCCUUUGGAAUCCCUUGUACUUGAACUUGAAUCUGGUAUUGUGGAACUGCGACGCUCCUGGAUCCUUCCACUCAUCUCUCGUGUCCGCCCUGCUCGCUCUUGUUCACUGGCCUUCUUCCACUCCAAUAUUCUCCCGCUUGCCGACCGUGCUGUCACAGUUGCCAAAGCGGCAGCUGAGCAGAAGUUCAAACGACAGAUUGGUGGCGAGAGCAAUGCUCCAUUCGUACCCCUCUCGGCAAUUCUGAACGCGGCUGUACAAAUGGCUCGUCAACUGUGGAUCACGUUGACCGCCUUCACACGGCGUUGCCCUUCGCGCUGGGCUGAUCUUGUGGAUUCGGGUCUCGGUGGCAGGCUAAUUGCUGGUCUCCUCACCGCCAAGACUAUCAGACCUGUCAUUCUCUCUGCAUUGCGACGCCUUGUUACUUUUGCCGAAACAGAAGAAGCCAUUACUGUGAUGCGAUCAGGAGCCAAGCAGAUGGUACCCAAGAUGCUAUCAAUGUACGAAGAGCUCGACUCUACAAACGACCAGCAGCUCAAGCAACAAUUGGGAACCACGCUGUCCGUGUUCCUGCCUCUUCUUACACCAAAGGUGCUCUCAGUACCUUGCGAAAUGGCCUACAAGAAACUUGUCACUACUAAAAGGCCAAUUUACAUGGAAAUUCUCAUGUUAAUUGUGCCAAAUCUCACAAGUGAAAGUAUCAAAUCUGUACUCGAUCAGCUGGAGGAGUAUUUCUUGCCCAAAGAUCGUGAAAGUCGAGUUCUCAGAAAACCCGCUUACCGUCUUCUGGAGGCAGUUCUCUCCUCGCCCAAUCCCUCAGCGAAGGAGUUCGUCGUUGCAAACCUGACCAGUCUCACCACCUUCAUGGCACAAAUCACGCCUCCCUCCACGGAGGUAGCGGACGGGACGGGAACUGAGAUCGAAUCUACCGACCACCUUUCCUCCACCAUGGCCGCUUUGGCGCUAUCCGCGAAGGAGCGCAAAGCUCUCGCCAUCACCACUCCCUGGAAGGCACGUCUGCGAAUCCUUCGUCAUCUACUUCACGUUCAUGCCGAACGUCAGCGGGAGCAACCGGAGGAGGGAUGUGGAAACAAUGCUGUGCAGGGAUUUGUCAACAUCUUUAUGCCUGAGAUACCCCAAUGUCUGGGAAGCUUGAAUAGCCUCGUCCGAGUUUUGGCCGGCCGCUUGUUAGUGGACAUGGUUUUGGCCACCGCAGGAAGUCUUUCCUCGGAAGGAGGGACGCUACCAUUUGGACGUUUGCGACGGUCGUCUUGUUCACUAACAGCUGCACCUUCAGAACUCACUCGGAUGGAUGACGAUGGCGAAGGGGAUGAGGACGGAUCAGAAGUGGAAGAGGUUGAAGGUAUCGGUGAGGAAAGUGACGAUGCCGAUGAUGACGGGAGCAUCUCGGGUCAGUCUCGUAAUCCCACAGAAAUAGCCUCUGUGUGCACUUCCAUUUCCAUCACUGGAGUGGAUCCUCUCAUUGCCAUGAAGACGUGCGCGGGGCUACGAAGCAUUCUCUCCCAUCUUUGGCCCGUGAUAUUGGAGGCAAAUGUUGAGAGCCUGAAGAACGUCUCGCAAUCACAGCUGCUGCGUCUCGAAGUGACGGUUAAAUCGAUUUGUCGUUUACUUUCCGACCUCAGGCUGCGUCGCUGUCUCAUGACCGCCAUGCAGGAGGUUGAGGACACCAAGGAUACCUCGGAUGCCGCUGAGGUCCUCUUAACUGCCAAUCGCGCUGCCCAGGGGCUUGUCCGAUUGCCCAGCAAGCACAUCGCUCGUCUAGGAUUGCAGAUAUCCCGUCUCCUCAUCGCUUUUGUCGGGCACUCUGUCUAUGUCUCGGAUAUUGUUGUCAGCAUUCACCAGAUCCAUGCGAAUCACAAGCACUCCUUGCGGUUUAUGGUCAAAGCAAUGGUGGAGAAACUACUUAAGAAAGUUAGUGUACAAGCAUUGUUAUCGCUGAUGAGCCCGGAAUACCACAAGAUGAUCAGAAACAGCGCCAAAAUUCUUCGAAGAAGGGAGCAGAAAAGCAAGAUCGAGGAAAGGAAAAAGGGCGCCAAGUCUACCAGUGGUAAUGUUGACGAAGAUGAGUUGGGGACGGCGAUUCCAGAGGGCAGUGUAAGGGAAUCUGGGCGCUUUCCUUCUGUGUCUGGCGCCUCCUUAAGGUCCCUUGGAAGUGCCCUCUCCCUCUCGAAACAUAUCCAUGUACAAAACCUCCAAGAAAUCCUGUCAACUUCAAACGAAGAUGAUGAGGGUGGUGGCGUAGAGGAUAUCGCGAGACAGAAAGCAGCAUCAGAGAAUCAGAAGGCUACUGAACGCCCCCAUCGACGCUUGGGUCUGGCGGCAGAACUUGAGCGCGCUGCUUCCGUCGCCGGGCUCAGUAGACGCUCCCGGCGCAACCUCCUCAGAGGGGCACGUGGAGAGAGUUCUGACGAGGGUGACGAGGAUUUUGAUGAUUUGGUCACAACGCGAAGAGUGCGAUUCGCAGACGAUGUCGCAAAGCUCCACCUAGCGGGCAAGAGGCGUCGCCAGCGUGCAGAUGCUGGGGGUGAUGCCCCCUCCAUGACCUAUUUAGUGGAGGAUGCAGAGGAUGAGGUGGUGGAUCUGGCCGAGCCAGAGUCACUUGCACGGCAUCUCACCGUUGCCUCCUCCGCCCAGCUGGCUAAACGUGCCCUCAAGCCGGAUACUCUCACACCCGCUGUUUCCGCGUCCAAGCGCGCUCGACUCACCUCCCUCUCCUUCGCUGCCGCCUUCCCGACAUCCAUUGAUGGGAAGCUUAUCAUCAACGAGGCUACUGUGAAGGACUGUAAAGAUGGCUGGUCGCUGAAUGACGCUGAUGAUGAUGGCGCUGAGAAUGACGGUUCGUACUCGAUGGCUCAGGGUGCCUCCAUAGCCCGAGCGGCUGCUGCAGCGUCGGAGCGCAUUCGCACACCUCGUCUACCGGGCGCAGAGUAUCGGUCGUCGCGUGCGGAGGGCGAUAUGCGGAAGCCGGGCCGACCUGAUCCCUUCGCGUAUGCUCCACUCGGCGCCGGAUUGUCCAACCCGAAGCGUCGUGUCGGCAGUAGUGGUAUUGCAACUGCGGCCGAGCGCAGGGCCCUGCUACGCUACCUCGGGGCCGGAAAACGGAAGCGGAAACAGAAACAGGGAAAGAAGAUGGAUAGCGUGAGCGCCGGUUUUCAUCAAGGCAAGGUUCGCGCCGCCUCUUCUAAUUUGGUGCUGAGACUACAGAAAUCGAAACGUGGCAGGAAGUGA